AGCAAUUUGGGGGAAAAAAAGAGUUGGAUAUUCGUGCAUUCACACAUUACUGGACACAAAAAAUUUCACUUCACACAUAUCACUCGCUCUCUCUCACCUACUACAGUUCAUUUUUCCCCGCAGCUGAAACAUCUAAAUUCACCAUGUCGAAGAAAAGAGGUUUGUCAUUGGAAGAGAAACGGGAGAAGAUGCUUCAAAUCUUUUACGACUCUCAAGAUUUUUACCUUCUUAAGGAACUUGAAAAGUUGGGUCCCAAAAAAGGCGUCAUUAGCCAAUCUGUCAAAGAUGUUGUCCAAAGUCUAGUGGAUGAUGACUUAGUCUCAAAAGACAAGAUUGGAACCUCGGUUUACUUUUGGAGUCUUCCUAGCUGUGCUGGGAAUCAGCUGAGAAAUGUUACGAAGAAACUUGAGUCAGAGCUUCAAAGCAGCAAGAAGCGGCAUGUAGAGCUUGUGGAACAAUGUGAUUCCCUAAAGAAGGGCAGAGAGGAUUCGGAUGCACGAGAAGAGGCAAUGAGUGAGCUUAAAGCAAUUGAACAAAAGUAUAGUGAUCUGAAAAAAGAAAUGGGACAAUAUGCAGACAAUGAUCCAGCUACAUUCGAAGCAAUGAAGGAAGCAAUAAAAGUUGCCUAUGAAGCAGCGAACAGAUGGACAGAUAAUAUAUUUACAUUGCGGCAGUGGUGUUCAAACAAUUUUCCUCAGGCCAAAGAACAGCUUGAACACUUGUACAAUGAGGUAGGGAUAACUGAUGAUUUUGACUAUAUAGAGUUACCAGCAGUAGUGCCUGUCAAGCAAGAUAAUGAAUAGGUACUGGAAGCCACAGCUUCUCUCGUUCUCUAAUUUCAUUUCUGCAGUAUCUUUACAUAACUGGUAGCCCAUAACGACAUAAAUUGUUAUUAUAUUACACAUGCAUAUGCACAUUUGAAUCCAAUAUUUCUAAAUCUAGUCUCCAGACACUUUUUGGCCUUA